UUCACGCCUGACGUUUGCAGUGUUUGUCAGCAGCUUGUAAGUCACCGAGGCUGCUAGCGUUUGGUGCUCGUUUCUUUUUUUAAACUGGAAAUUCUGCAGCUAAAGAAAUCAGAUACUCUGUAGGAUUCUGUUUUACUCAUAUUUGUGGCAAUGGCCGACCCGAAGUACGCCAACCUGCCGGGCAUCGCCUCUAACGAGCCGGAUGUGUACGAGACCAGCGACCUGCCUGAGGACGAUCAGGCUCAGUUUGAGUCGGAAGAGUUGUGUAGUGACAGUGUGGAGCGGAUUGUUGUCAAUCCCAACGCUGCCUAUGACAAGUUCAAAGACAAGCGUGUCAGCACUAAGGGUCUUGAUUUCUCCGAUCGCAUUAGCACGAGUCGCAGAGUCGGCUAUGAGUCCGGAGACUACGAGCUUCUGGGUGAAGGGUGUGGGGUUAAGGAGACUCCUCAGCAAAAGUACCAGCGGCUUGUUAAUGAGAUUCAGGAGCUCUCGGAAGAAGUGGAACAAAUUCAGACCAGUGCUAAAGAGAGCAGUGCAGAAGAGCGCCUAACACCAGUGGUUCUAGCUCAGCAGGCAGCCCAGCUCAAGCAGCAGCUGGUCUCAGCCCAUCUGGACUCAUUGCUGGGCCCAAAUGCCCACAUCAACUUGGCCGACCCAGACGGAGCUCUUGCCAAGCGUUUGAUGACUCAGCUGGAGGUGGCACGAGGUGUGCGUAGCUGUUCCGGGGGAGAGGGGAAAUCAGCAGCACCCAAAGGCCCAGACGGAGUUGUACUGUACGAACUCCACAGCCGUCCUGAACACGAGAAGUUUUCAGAAUCUGCCAAGGUGGCUGAAUUGGAGAAGAGGUUGGCGGACCUGGAGGCUGCAGUAGGUUCUGGAUUAGAUAAGCCGGGUCCUCUCAGCGCUGGACUUCAGGGAGCCAGUUUAAUGGAAACUAUGGAGCUGCUGCAAGCUCGAGUUAGUGCUCUGGAUGCUGCCACUCUGGACCAGGUUGAAGCCAGACUGCAGAGUGUUUUGGGGAAGAUGAAUGAAAUAGCAAAACACAAGGCAGCAAUUGAAGAUGCUGAAACGCAAAACAAGGUUUCACAGCUGUAUGAUGUGGUGCAGAAGUGGGAUGCCAUGGCAACCUCCCUCCCUCAGGUGGUCCAGAGACUGAUCGCUGUUAAAGAGCUACAUGAGCAAGCCAUGCAAUUUGGGCAGCUGCUGGCCCAUCUGGACACCACACAGCAAAUGAUCAACAAUUCACUGAAGGACAACAGGACACUGCUCACACAGGUGCAGCAGACAAUGAAAGAGAACUUGGGUUCUGUAGAAGAGAACUUUGCUGCAUUGGACCAGAGGAUGAAGAAAGUCUCCAAAUAAGAUUUUUGUUCUCAAAUGAGCAAUUAAGAGAAGGAGAUUGAGGGAUGUGGAAAAGGAUCAUUUCAUACAUUUUAAAUCUGUGCUUUGCUCCUUCCUUUAAACUUUUUCCUUAACAGAGAAUUUUGGAAAUAAAGUUUAAAACAAGGGUGUAGUUAUGUAGAAGGUUAUGACCAAAUGCCAUUUUACACUACAAACAUCUAGUGACCUUUACACCGCUACUGUUCCUUUCUCUGGAGAUAGAUAAGUAUCUCAUCAUAUAUUAGUCACUUGCCUAAAUUCUGCUGAGGUUUUUUUUUUUUUAAAAAAAAUUCCAGUUUAAUUUUUUCUGCCAUUUUAACUCUGAAAGACUGAAACUAAGUGUUGUGUGGUAAUUUAGUCAUUGGGCAGGAAGCAUCUUUGUGUCUAAAUAUCAGUUCACUUUUUAGUGAACAGUCCAUAAAUACAAUGUACACGAGAGCAACUGCCUCUGGCCAGUGUUUAGGAGAGGAUGUUUGCUCAUUGAGUCAGAAAUCAUACUGUAUUUAUACAGCUGAAGAGUACCUUUAACUAAUCACUCUCAGUUGCUUGUAACUGUUAAUGUAUUAUGACCAAGAUGAAUUGGCACAGGUUAUUCUGCUUUUGUCAUACGCAUAAACUUUAAAAUAUUGUCUUUCUCCAACCGUGAGAAUAAAUUGAACAUGCUUUGA